UAAUUAAAACAAAGUGUUUUUACGUCCAGUAAUAAGUGUUUAUCAGAGGACAGCAGGACAGUACAAACGUGUUAAUUGUGUUUGUUCUGUUAGUGUCUUUAUCAGUACUAUCAUAUACGGUGUGCGUGACUGGUGAAGAAGGAAGUACGGAGUACUGUCAAUCCUUUCAAGGAUAACCGUGAGAGAACGAUGUCCGGGCGCGUCGGCGGACGCGCGCCGCGACGAUGACUUCUAAGUUCAUCAUCGAUAGCAUGCUGCCAAAAUACCCGCAGUUCCAACAACAACUGCACCAGCACCACCAACAGCAGCAACAGCAACAGCAGCUGCAGCAACAACAUUUGCAACACGCCGCAUCCUUGUUCCACGGAGGAUCCGACUCUCCACCAGUAAGUAGCGAUUCUUCGCCUACACUCUUGCGACACUCGCCGAUCAGCGGAUUAAACAACAACAACAGUAAUAACAGUUCAAGUAAUAGCAGUAGUGGAAGGAUGUAUCCGUACGUAUCGGCAGCGACCGCCGCCGCGGCUCAUCACCAUCAUCAGCAGCAACAGCAAGCCGCAGCGGCAGCGGCUUUUGGAGCCGCGGCCUCGUCAGCUGCAGCCGCAGCGGCAGCGGCGGCGGCCGACAAAAGUUGCCGUUACACCGGUGACGCGAUGGUCAAUUACGGCCUCGGUCACCAUCAUCAGAAUGGCGGCGCAACACCGGGCAGCGUUAGUGCUGCCGCGUCCGCGAGUAUCGCUCAGUUUUAUCACCAAGCCGCGGCCGUGUCCGCCGGUGUGGACCCCCUCGGACCGGCUUGCGCACAACCGCCGGGCGGCGCGCCUACCGGCCAAGCCAUACCGGAUAUACCCAGAUACCCGUGGAUGUCGAUUACAGAUUUUCCUUUCACAGAUUGGAUGAGCCCGUUCGACCGAGUGGUGUGCGGUGAGUUCAACGGACCCAACGGUUGUCCGAGGCGUCGUGGCCGCCAGACGUAUACGCGCUUCCAGACGCUGGAACUGGAGAAGGAGUUCCAUUUCAAUCAUUACCUGACGCGGCGACGGCGCAUCGAGAUCGCACACGCGCUGUGUCUGACCGAGCGCCAGAUCAAGAUCUGGUUCCAGAACCGCAGGAUGAAGCUGAAGAAAGAGCUACGUGCGGUCAAGGAGAUCAACGAGCAGGCGCGGCGCGAACGCGAGGAACAAGAUCGCAUGAAGCAGCAACAGCAGCAGCAGCAGCAGGACGGCAGCAAAUCAAACAAAAUGGACCAUCAUGCGCCGCUCCAUCACCACCACGACUCGCUCAAACUGUCGUCGGGCACAACGGGUCUCGGUCUGGCCGUCGAUAAAUCUCAAGCGGAUCUAUUGAAGGCGGUCUCCAAAGUCCCGACAUAA